ACAACAACAACAACAAAAAUAUAGGAUCGUUCGAUUUGAUAUUUGUGUGAGAGAGUCAGUCUUGGGUUGAAAUCAAAGCUUGGUCCUUUUUUCAUUCUCUUUCCUGCUUUUUUAGUUUCUGAUCUCACAGGGAAGCCUUUUAUAAUUGUUGCCCUCAAUUUCUCCGUCCCUACUCUUUUAUUUGAUCAAUUCCUACGAUAAAGCACGAAUCUUUAAACCCGGGCCUGUCCUUGUAAUCGAGUGUGUUGAUGUCACUCAUGAAUUUGUGGUGAGAUCCGGUGAGAAGUUCCCUCUUUUUUUCUCAGAUUGCUGUAAAAAAAAGAGAGCUUUUAUAAGGUGUGAGAGAGAGAGAGAGAUUGAGAUUAGAUUUAUCCCUUUUGUUGUUUGUUUGAUAUGGGUAACGUGAACGCGAGAGAAGAAGGGAAUAGUAACAACGCCUCUGCGGUUGAAGACGACGACGCUGAGAUUUGUUCUCGUGAAGCCAUGUCUUCUGCUUCCGAUGGCAACCAUGUCGCUCCUCCUGAGCUUAUGGGUCAAUCUCCUCCUCAUAGCCCUCGAGCAACUCAGUCUCCUCUCAUGUUCGCUCCUCAGGUUCCGGUGCUUCCUCUUCAAAGACCUGAUGAAAUUCACAUCCCUAACCCGUCGUGGAUGCAAUCGCCAUCUUCGUUGUAUGAAGAGGCUUGUAACGAGCAAGGAAUCCCUACUAUGAUCACAUGGUGCCAUGGGGGCAAGGAGAUUGCUGUUGAGGGAUCAUGGGACAAUUGGAAGACAAGUCGGCUGCAGAGAUCUGGGAAAGACUUCACUAUCAUGAAAGUGUUGCCUUCAGGAGUCUAUGAGUACAGGUUCAUUGUUGAUGGACAGUGGAGGCAUGCCCCUGAGCUUCCCUUGGCAAGAGAUGAUGCUGGGAACACUUUCAACAUUUUGGACCUUCAGGACUAUGUUCCUGAAGACAUUCAAAGCAUAUCUGGGUUUGAGCCUCCGCAAUCUCCAGAGAAUAGUUACAGCAACUUGCUUCUGGGAGCUGAGGAUUACUCGAAAGAACCGCCUGUGGUUCCCCCGCACCUACAGAUGACACUGCUGAACUUGCCAGCAGCCAAUCCUGACAUUCCAUCUCCGCUGCCAAGACCUCAGCAUGUCAUCCUCAAUCAUCUUUACAUGCAGAAGGGCAAAAGUGGUCCCUCUGUGGUUGCACUUGGUUCCACUCACCGCUUUCUAGCAAAGUAUGUUACUGUGGUGCUCUACAAGUCAUUGCAGAGGUGAGAAGAUGAUGCCAAUUCCAAUGGGUAGCAUGUGGGAACUCGACAUGCUCCUAUCUAGUCGGUGUUAAAAGUUAUCUCAUGGAGAAUGAGUGAGGCUAUAGGAAGGAGACACACGAAGAGAGUUAUUUGCAGGCAAAGUAUUCCCUCAAUACGGCGAAUUUUGUUGUCUUUAAAGUUGUCAAUAAGGUUUACCAACAGAAUGAAGAUGCAGUAUUCAGUCAGUGUCUGUGUAAUCUUUUGAUUCGAAGACUUCAUCAUCUGUUUUGUUUUUAGUAUAAUUUAGAAAAGAAGAAUGCAGGAACGACUUCACUUGUAAAACCGGCAAAUCUUUUUUAUGGUUUUGUUUUGGGGAGUUCAAGUUUUCACAACAGUUGUCA